UGACUUGCCUCGUAGAUCCUCUUUGGUCCACAGACAAUUGUCUUAGAAGAGAGGGAAGAGCUCUCAAAUGCUGUGGAGCUCUCAAUUGAGGAACUCCGUGGAACAAUGGCAUACCAAUCUGAGCUAGAAAAUUUGGAUGAAGAUGGAUAUACGCAGUUACAGUUCAGCUCCAGAGGCAUCACCAAGAGACCUGUGUCCUCAGAAAAAGGACCUUGUGCUGCAUCUCUUCCUUGGCGUUCCAUUGCUGUGACUUUGGGAAUCCUAUGCUUGGUAAUACUGGUGAUAGCUAUAGUCCUGGGUACUAUAGGUAUUUGGAGAUCCAAUUCAGGAAGCAACUCAUUGAAGAAUGACAAUUUUCCAUCAAGAAAACCCACACAAUCAUCUUUAGAAGAGAGUGUGGAUUCUCCCAAGGCUCUCACAACCACAGGGGUUCUUUCCAGCUCUUGUCCCCCUAACUGGAUUGCACACGAGAAUAGCUGUUACCUAUUUGGCACACCAUUGAAUUCCUGGAAUGGAAGUAAAAGACAGUGCUCUCAACUGGACUCUUAUCUCCUGAAGAUGGAUAGUUCAAAAGAACUGGAAUUUAUAGUGAAGCAAGUGUCUUCCCAACCUGCUAGGUCAUUUUGGAUAGGGCUCUCUCGCCCUCAGGCUGAAGGACCAUGGCUCUGGGAGGAUGGCUCAAAGUUCUCUCCUGACUUGUUUGAAAUCAGAAGCACAGUUACACAGGAAAACUCAUCCCACAAUUGUGUAUGGAUUCAUGGGCGAAUAAUUUAUGACCAGCUUUGUAGUGUGCCCUCAAAUGGUAUUUGUGAGAAGAAGUUGUCGAUAUAAUGAUGUGGGUAUUAACAUGGAGGAGCAGAGUGAAGUAUAUAAGACUAGAGGCCCUGUGCAUGAAAUUAUGUGCUGUUAGGGUCCCUAGGCCUAGCCUGAAAUCACCCUACCCAUCUUCCACCCACUUGCCAGUCCCCGGUCCCAUCCCGCCGCACCCACCCCAGUUCUCCAUGGUUCCCUGUUGGCCAUCCAGCAAUUGGAACCUGCAGGUUGGGGAGAGGGACUGAGAGGUGGUCAAUGCACCUCAUAGCAACUGGUCGAUCUAUCAUUCCAGUCAUUACGCUGUUAUGGUUGCUGGCCUUUUAUUAUAUAG